UCCUCUCUGAUUUCAACCACUGUAUCUCCUGAGGUUGCAGAGACACCAUGGAUUCCCACCAACGGCCAUGAUUUCCUUCCAAACUCCUACCUUUUAGGGUUUAUUCCUCUGCUCUCAUCCCACAUUAGAUUUGGGGCUAGGGGAUUUUUGUUUUCUUGGUGGAAAAGAAUAAUGCCGACUAAACCCAAAAUUGAGGAUCGGCGGAUAGAACCUGGUGGUAAGAGCAAUCCGUCAUCAACAGUCUACUCCCAACCUUGGUGGCAUGGUGUUGGGAACAAUGCCAUCUCCCCAGCUGCCUUGGGUGGAAGCCCAUCAAAAUCAACUUCAGUUGAACACCUUAACAGUCAUAUCACGAGCAAUGGUUUCCAAUUACAAGCUAAUGGCAGGCUGGAUGAUGGAACUACCUUUAAUAAAGGAACACAACCUACGGUAGCCCUGCAAUCUGAUGGAAGGAAUGGACAGGAACACCAGCACCUCAAUCCUACUGCUUCCUCAACACUGCCAAUUAUGAGUGAACAUCUUGAACCAAAUUCCCAAAUGGAACUUGUUGGUCACUCAAUUGUGUUGACAUCAUAUCCAUAUCAAGAUCCACAUAAUGUGGGGAUUAUGACUUCUUAUGGGCCACAGGCUAUGGUGCAUCCACAUUUGUUUGGAAUGCAUCAGCCCAGAAUGCCUUUGCCAUUAGAGAUGGAAGAGGAGCCUGUUUAUGUGAAUGCAAAGCAGUAUCAUGGGAUUCUUAGACGGAGACAGUCACGUGCUAAGGCUGAGCUUGAAAAGAAAGCUAUCAAAGUUAGAAAGCCAUAUCUUCAUGAAUCUCGGCACCAACAUGCAAUGAGAAGGGCAAGGGGUUGUGGAGGCCGUUUUCUCAACACUAAGAAGCUUGAUAACAAUGAUGCCAAUACAACAGCAGAAAAAGGUUCAGUCUCUGGUGCGGCCCUUUCUACACAAUCUGCCAGUUCAUCAGGCUCCGAACACCUGCCUACCAACUCUAGUCGAAAUUUGGAUUUCUCCAGUGUGCAGCAAGAAGAGAAAGGACGUACAAUUCAAGAUAUGCUUGAAGCACACACUUACUCCAAUGGCAACAGGAAUGGCCAUGGUCUAUCAUCAGCAUACCAUUCAUCAAAUGGCAGUGAGGGAGGUGACUGCUUUGGCCAACCAAGGGAAAACAUGCAGCUGAACACAGCCCCGCAUAGGGCUCUACCCAUCAAAUAAAGACCUAUCGGUUAGGUGAAGCUGGAGGUGCAGUAUCCACUUUGAGGAAGGAAACCCUUAUGGUUACAUGGCAUUUCCCAGGCAAUUCAUUCUUGGCUUUGGUUACAUGGCGUUUCUGGGGUGAUACUAGGGAUGGAGAUACAUGGUUUGGCCUUUGCUGUCUCCAUUCUAACCCUACCUCCAUCUCUACUAUUCACCCCUUCUGUAUAAAAAGGAAAAAACCCAAAAUCGUGGGAUUAACAAGUAGAGAUAGUGUGAGUUUGGAGAUUCUAAACAGUUAAAACAUCUGAAGGUUUCCAAUGUGUGAUGACCUUUGUGUGAAACAGAACGUUUGCCUUUGCUUCUCCAAUUGUGUUUCAUGUUAACAAUCUUAAUUAAUUUGUUUGUCUUUUUCUCUCUAUCUUUUAGGGUUUAAAGAAUUUCAGGUUUUUUCU